AAGGGUUCUUGGGUGGGAGUCAGAAGACCUGGUUUGGAAAUCCAACUCUGCCACUGAAUGCCUCAUUCAUGUCAGCUUGGAGACCCUGCUAGAGAUGGUGAAAGCCACGUAGAUCAUUUCUGCCUUGCUCUCGAUCACCUGUUGGCACUGCGUCACACCUGCCCUGUACAGAAUUGAUGCGCUUACACUUGGUGGGUCAUUAUGCUGCUGCAUCUGUGCAGUGUUAAGAAUCUGUACCAGAACCGGUUUCUCGGCCUGGCCGCCAUGGCCUCCCCAUCGAGGAACUCCCAAAGCCGGCGCCGUUGCAAAGAGCCCCUGCGGUACAGCUACAACCCGGACCAGUUCAACAACCUGGACCUCAGGAACGGGCCCCACGACCCCGUCACCAUCCCUCGGUCCACCAGCGACACGGACCUCGUCACCUCCGACAGCCGCUCCACGCUCACGGUCAGCAGCUCCUGCUACUCCAUCGGCCACUCUCAGGACCUGGUCAUUUACUGGGACAUCAAGGAGGAGGUGGACGCGGGGGACUGGAUCGGCAUGUACCUCAUAGAUGAGGUCUUGUCUGAAAACUUCCUGGACUACAAGAACCGCGGAGUCAGUGGUUCUCACCGGGGCCAGAUCAUCUGGAAGAUCGACGCCAGUUCCUACUUUGUGGAGCCUGAAACCAAGAUUUGCUUCAAAUACUACCAUGGAGUGAGUGGGGCUCUGCGGGCGACCACCCCCAGCGUAACGGUCAAGAACUCGGCGGCUCCUAUUUUUAAAACUAUCGCCAACGAGGAGGCUGCCCAGGGCCAAGGAAGCCGGAGGCUCAUCAGCUUCUCGCUCUCAGACUUCCAGGCCAUGGGACUGAAGAAAGGGAUGUUCUUUAACCCAGAUCCUUAUCUGAAGAUUUCCAUCCAGCCAGGGAAACACAGCAUCUUUCCGGCUCUUCCUCACCAUGGCCAGGAGAAGAGGUCCAAGAUCAUAUGUAACACUGUGAACCCCAUCUGGCAAGCGGAGCAUUUCAGCUUCGUCUCCCUGCCCACGGAUGUGCUGGAGAUUGAGGUGAAGGACAAGUUCGCCAAGAGCCGCCCCAUCAUCAAACGCUUCCUGGGGAAGCUGUCCAUGCCUGUGCAGAGGCUUCUGGAGAGACACGCCAUCGGGGACAGGGUGGUCAGCUACACCCUGGGCCGCAGGCUCCCGACUGAUCACGUCAGCGGACAGCUGCAGUUCCGAUUUGAGAUCACCUCUUCCAUGCACCCAGAUGAUGAGGAGAUCUCCAUGAACACGGACCCUGAGCCAGCUGAGCUGCAGCAGAGCAGCCUGAACAAUUUGAUGGAGGUCGGCCUCCCCGAGGAGGCCACAGGUGUCCAGCUGGAGGGGGAGGAGAGCAGGGAGCCCGAACAGCUCCCUGAAGGGGAUGGAGAAGUGAACGGUUUGGGGGGCCAGAGCCCGGAGGCCCCCAGGCCGCCUGACGAAUCCAGCAAAGAGGCGGGUCAGGACGGCGAGGCUCCUGGUGAGGGCGAUGAGCUUCCUGAGCCCGCGCCGGCUGAGGAGCUGCCCUCCCUCGCUGCCGAGGAUCUCGACGAGUGCCCCGAUACUCCUCCUCCUCCUCCUCCCUCCCCUCCCCCGCCCCUGGAAACCAGCGACGGCCUCUCAGCCGCACCACAGGACUCUGAGGCUCCCCCCAGUGCGGAGGAACCGGGGGCUGAGGAGGCUGAGCCGGCGCUCCUGGCUGGUGAGGACCCAGAGGAGCUGGGGGAGGAGGGGGAGGAGGAGGCCCACGGGGAGGAGGAGGAGGAAGCCGAGGGGGAGGAAGGCCUGCCCGAGCUGCAGCCGGAAAAGGACGGGCUCCCCUUGCGGCCCUCGGUGAAACGGAAGAGCAGGCCGUGCUCUCUGCCGGUGUCCGAGCUGGAGACGGUCAUCGCGUCGGCCUGUGGCGAGCCCGAGACCCCGCGCACGCACUACAUCCGGAUCCACAACCUGCUGCACAGCCUGCCCUCGGCGCAGGGCGGCCGCGGGGCCCCGGACGAGGAAGAGGCCGCCGAGGAGGAGUCCACCGUCAAGGACGUCUCGGAGAAGGACGCGGUCAGCGAGGCCGAGACCGUGGCGCUCGAGCCCGGGCAGCUCGAAGACGGGCCGGAGGCGGGGGACGCCGAGGUGGGCAGCGUCGGCGGGCUGGCCCCCAGCCCGUGCGGCCAGCGGCUCCUGGAGCUGAACUGCGGCUCCUUCACGGACAGCGAGCCCCGGCCCAGCACCGGCAGCGAGAGCGACUCCAGCCCGCGGCAGGGCCGGGAGCACGACUGCGAGGGCUGCGACACGUCCUGCUACAGCACCUCGUGCUACAGCACCUCGUGUUACAGCACCUCGUGCUACAGCCCCUCGUGCUACGAGAGCAACAACCGCUUCUCCAGCCACACCCGCUUCUCCUCCGUGGACAGCGCCAAGAUCUCCGAGAGCACCGUCUUCUCCUCCCAGGACGACGACGAAGACGAGAACAGCGCCUUCGAGUCGGUGCCGGGCUCCGCGCCCAGCCCCGAGCUGGAGCGCGAGGCGGCCGACGGCACCCCCGCCUGGCCCGACGAGCUGGCCGCCCCCCAGGGCAGCGCCGCCAGAACGGCGGACGGCCUGGAGUCCCCGGCCGCCGGGCCCAGCAGCCGGAGAGAAGGUGAUUGCCCUUUACUCCAAAACUCUCAGCCAGUUGGCCUGCUUCCCUCCCUGAGGCCUGACCACCAUCACUACCCUACUAUCGAUGAGCCUCUUCCACCAAACUGGGAAGCUCGGAUUGACAGCCACGGGAGGGUAUUUUAUGUGGAUCACGUCAAUCGGACAACCACAUGGCAGCGUCCGACAACCGCAGCCACUCCCGAUGGGAUACGUCGUUCGGGGUCUAUUCAGCAGAUGGAGCAGCUCAACAGACGGUACCAGAAUAUCCAGCGCACCAUCGCCACGGACCGCUCUGAAGAAGACUCUGGUGGCCCAGCAGGCCCUGAGCAGGCGCUCGCCGGAGGCGGCGAUGGAGGCAGUGGAGGCGGAGGAGGGGGCAGUGACUCGGAGGCAGAUUCUUCUCAGCAGAACUUAGAGCUGGGGAGAGAAGGGUCGCUGUCCCCUGGGAACUCCCAGAAGAUCACGCUGCUGCUGCAGUCCCCGGCUGUCAAGUUCCUCACCAACCCCGAGUUCUUCACUGUUCUGCAUGCCAACUAUAGUGCCUACCGCACCUUCACCAACAGCACCUGCCUGAAGCACAUGAUUCUGAAGGUCCGGAGGGACGCGCGCAACUUUGAACGGUACCAGCACAACCGGGACCUGGUGAACUUCAUCAACAUGUUCGCCGACACGCGCCUCGAGUUACCGCGAGGCUGGGAAAUCAAAACUGACCAGCAGGGCAAGUCUUUUUUCGUGGACCACAACAGCCGAGCGACCACCUUCAUCGACCCCCGGAUCCCCCUUCAGAAUGGACGUCUCCCCAACCACCUGACCCACAGGCAGCAUCUCCAGCGGCUGCGCAGCUACAGUGCCGGGGAGGCUUCAGAAGUCUCUCGGAAUCGGGGCGCCUCCCUCCUGGCCCGGCCGGGGCACAGCCUCGUGGCCGCCAUCCGGAGCCAGCACCACCACGAGUCGUUACCUCUGGCUUAUAACGACAAGAUUGUCGCGUUCCUCCGCCAGCCCAACAUUUUUGAAAUGCUGCAGGAGCGUCAGCAAAGCCUGGCCCGGAACCACACACUCAGGGAGAAGAUCCAUUACAUCCGCACAGAGGGCACCCAUGGGCUUGAAAAACUGUCUUGUGAUGCAGAUUUAGUCAUCCUGCUUAGCCUCUUUGAAGAAGAGAUCAUGUCCUACGUCCCCCUGCAAGCCGCCUUCCACCCCGGCUACAGCUUUUCCCCCCGGUGUUCCCCCUGCUCGUCACCUCAGAACUCUCCAGGCCUGCAGAGAGCCAGCGUGAGAGCCCCCUCUCCCUACAGGAGAGACUUCGAAGCCAAGCUCAGAAAUUUCUACCGGAAGCUUGAAGCCAAAGGAUUCGGGCAGGGGCCGGGGAAAAUAAAGCUCAUUAUACGCAGGGACCAUUUGCUGGAAGGAACCUUCAACCAGGUGAUGGCCUAUUCCCGGAAAGAACUCCAGAGAAACAAGCUCUACAUCACCUUUGUUGGAGAAGAGGGCCUGGACUACAGUGGACCCUCGCGAGAAUUCUUCUUCCUUCUGUCUCAGGAGCUCUUCAACCCCUAUUACGGCCUCUUUGAGUAUUCUGCCAAUGACACGUACACCGUCCAGAUCAGCCCCAUGUCUGCCUUUGUGGAAAAUCAUCUCGAAUGGUUCCGCUUCAGCGGCCGCAUCCUGGGUCUGGCCCUCAUCCACCAGUACCUUCUCGACGCCUUCUUCACGCGGCCCUUCUACAAGGCCCUGCUCCGGCUGCCCUGUGACCUGAGCGACCUUGAGUACCUGGACGAGGAGUUUCACCAAAGCCUGCAGUGGAUGAAGGACAACAACAUAACGGACAUCUUGGACCUCACCUUCACCGUGAACGAAGAGGUGUUUGGGCAGGUGACAGAAAGAGAGUUGAAAUCCGGGGGUGCAAAUACCCAGGUGACAGAAAAGAACAAGAAGGAAUACAUCGAGAGAAUGGUGAAAUGGCGAGUGGAGCGGGGGGUUGUGCAGCAAACAGAGGCUCUCGUCCGUGGCUUCUAUGAAGUCGUGGACUCGAGGCUCGUCUCCGUCUUUGAUGCCAGGGAACUGGAGCUGGUCAUCGCGGGCACCGCGGAGAUCGACCUCAACGACUGGCGCAACAACACAGAGUACCGCGGAGGCUACCACGACGGACAUAUUGUAAUCAGAUGGUUCUGGGCAGCAGUGGAGAGGUUCAACAAUGAACAAAGGCUGAGAUUACUUCAGUUCGUUACUGGAACCUCAAGUGUACCCUACGAAGGCUUUGCCGCUCUCCGUGGGAGCAAUGGACUCCGUCGCUUCUGUAUAGAAAAAUGGGAGAUAACCUCCCUCCCCAGGGCACAUACGUGUUUCAAUCGCUUGGACCUCCCACCCUACCCCUCCUACUCCAUGUUGUACGAGAAGCUCCUGACGGCCGUGGAGGAGACGAGCACCUUCGGGUUGGAGUGAGGAGAGGGGGCGCAUGUGGUAUUGCUCGAUCGGGCCGCCGGCGCCCCCCUUCCUCCCCCUUCCCAUAAUCUGGGCAUCUAGUGGUUUUGUUUUCACUCCAAAUCGGAUCGACAACAGCUGUGCAUGAAGAACUAGCUGCCUUCUUCUCCGAGUCACCUCCGGCUUCCCCCUCCAGGUUCUCAGUGGCCUGCUAGCUCGUAUGCAAUAUCCCCUCCAAGCCCACCGGGUCCGUGUGUCUCUGCAUACCUCCAUUACUAACGAUGAAAUGCGAAUGCAAGUUAUGCUACACUCGACCAAAUGUUAACCAAUGUUUACUUCUGUCCGGACUGACUGGAGAUGAAACGCCCCUCGCCCGACCGAACCUCCUGCCCGAGCCGGCGUCAUCCUGGUCCCGCCUCCCCGGAGCCGGCCCCGACUUCCUUCCCCCCCCUUCCUCCCUUCCCUCCCGUGUAUCCACCCAUCCAGCUUGGCAAAACUGACAUUUUUAUACAUUGAACUCGCGACCCACCUGUGUGACGUCCAUCCCCUCCACUGGAACUGACCCAAACACAUGGUGCAAAUAAGACAUUUUCAAACCGACCACAAAUGUUGUGGGAUGCAAUGCAAAGCAGCCCCGUGGCGGGGACGCCGUGGUGACCAACGGAAGCUACACUUCCCUAUCAGGAGGGGGAGCUGGAGAGGGAGGGCAGCGGGGAUGCCGGCCACGUGAAAAGCACAAGCGUGCACAUGCCCAGGGAGGAGAGCCUCCCGUAGCAGAAAGGACCCCGUCCCGAGUGCUGGCGAGAGUACGACCGCGGAACGGGAAGGCGGACAUUUCACUCUUGUUUUCGUCCUGUCGGGUCCUGUGGACUGGUUUCUCGAUCGUCCAGGGUUAGCGCUUCUUCCAAAUUGAACAGUGUCUAGACAAUCCCGUCGUUUCCUCAAUAUCAUGUAUCACUUCUCUAACAGGGCUAACUUUUCUAUGUUUUGUUUUGUUUGUUUGGGGGAUUUGGGGGUGGGGGUUUUCUCAUCAAGUGCAAAUCUGUGGCCCCUCCGAGGUGAGUCUCCCGAGGAGCAGAACCCAGGGAAGCAAAUCUGGGGAGACCGGUGCUGCCAUUUAGGUAUCGAGGGUAGCGUAGCCCCUCUUCCGAGUUAGCGGAGGUUGUGGUGCCCCUGGAGUGAAAUUUCACUGUCUCCGUGGCACGUCAAGUUAUACCAAAAUGAAGAGCCAGUUCCUUUCAACAUUUCAUUCACAGAAUUCAGGAAAGUCGAUGUUCAGAAAACCACUGGGAAGGUCCAAAGUGAGCCGUUUCUGACGACAGGGAUUUCUGGGCAGUGGGUGCUUCGGAGAGUUUCCGAGGAACCGGGGUAGAGUGGUUGUUUACAAGUCUCAUCCUGCUUGACUCUAUAACUCCUGAAAUGUGUCAUAAAUGAAAGUGUUUCCCUUCCCUGGAAAGAGGCGCAAUUGGCCACCCCACCAACCUGUCAAAAAACAAAUUGUUUUCUCACCUUAACUCCCACCAUUUUCUAACCCACAGAAACAAGACACAAAAAAUCACUUGAAGGUCAAGCAAGGAUAUAUAUAUAUGAACUUGGCCAUCAAGUGCAUCCAUUCUGUGAUGAAGUCCAAGUCCCUUGGGGCUCCUCUUCAAGCUCAAGAGGAGCUUUGAGGAUGGCAAUUUGAUGGGGUUUCUCCACAAUUCCCAGCCUAUUUCCAAUCAGAAUGUAUACAUUAUAGAAAACUUCAUUUAUCUCAAUUCGAUGUUUUUAUAGAAAAGUUUGAGCAAUAUGAGGAUUUCAGGAAGUCCAGAACUUCAGACACCAUGUACUUCAGCAUCUGAACAGUCACAAACAAGCCCAGAAAGGUUUCUGAGCUUUGAUUCAAUCAGAACCGAGGUAACUAGGCCACUCUAUGGAUGUUCUGGGAUUCAAGCUGUCUCACUGGAGGGCACUCUUUGGGUGUGGGGAAACACCACGAUGGACAUUUACAAACCUUAGCAAAAAUCAGAAUCCAUUCAUCCACAAAUCCCGUUUGUGCUAGGCCCCGAGAGGAACAGGCAUCUGUACAAAACCAUAUGUGCCCUUCAGAACCCUACAGUCUCGACAAGGUACCAAAAUUGAUUUGUCAUGAGCCUUGACCUCCCUAUGGAGAGAGGGAGGGAGGUAUGUGCUGGGCAGACCCUGAGCACUAAUGUGCUUCAGCCAGUGGGUCUUUCCUUUUAUCUGGAUGUGAACCACUCUAUGGCCUCCCAAGCCUGCUCAGACCACAUGACAUGGAAAGUGUGGCUUUCAUUAAUCUGACUGGCAGCUUCUCCAUUGAGGAAGUUGUUCCUUCUAUCUAGGAUCAUAGAUUCAGAGCUGGAAGGGACCUGAAGGGACACUUAGUGCCACAUUUUCAUUUUUCAGGUAAGAAAACUGGAGCCCAGAUAGCUUGUGACUUUUCUGAGAUCACUUACCUAUGACAGGUGUGAGAUUUAAGCCCUCAGCCUCCAACUACUCCCUCUUGCUGCUUGGUGUGCAUAGCCUAAGUGACUCAGGGAACGCCCCCAACAUCCUCCCCUCCGAUGUGAAGAGGAUGCUCAAGAAAAUACUUUGGAGAGAGAAAAUGUUUUGUCCUCCCCCAAAGACAUUUGUUUAGCCAACAAUACAAUCAUGGGGCUGGAAGGAGAAAAAAUCAAGUCUAGGGGAGAGGAUUUCUCCUAAACUGAAUUGUUUGCCAUUCCUUUUAACCCAGGCAGCAACAAGAUAGAUGUCUUUAAUCAAAAUGGAGAGCAAUGACUAACAGGUUGGUCUCAGUUUGGCCAAAGACCCUAAGCUUCGGAUUUAAAGUGAGGAAAGACCUUAGAGGUAUUCUGGUUCAGAGCCCUUGUUUUACAGAUGGGGAAAGAGAACAGGUUCAGGCCCUCCCAAGACCACUCUGGGAGACUAGAAUCAUAGUCUAAAUCCCCUCCCUCCAAAGUCAGUUCUCUCUCCAGCAUUAACAAACCAUCUCCCUAGUAAAGGGGAAAGGAAAAAAGAAAAAAAAUGAAAACAAUUUUUUCCCACCUUGAUACCAGGGAUUUAUUUUAAUUUGUAUUUUGUGAUGUAUUUGAAAUAAUUAUGUUUCGCUGAAGGAAACCUAGGAUUUGUGUUGUCUGAUUUCCUCUUCCAGCCAGAACUGCUGGACCAGCCAAACAACAUCCCAAAUGGAACCAAAGGCUUUCUGGCUCUUCCAUGGGGCUCCCCCCUCCUUUCCUCUUUCCUCACAGCCUCAGGGAUGAGAUGCAAACCCAGCAAGAUAUUGGGGGCACCUCCUUGCCCAGGUCAGCCUCAGCCAAGGGGCCCUGCCCAAAACAUUCCCUCAUUUAUCUAAAUUAAAAACCCCACUUUGGGGGAGGGAGGGAAGGGAGAGCUGAGUCCAUUUCUUCCCAGUCCAGCUGUCCCAAAGUUAACUAUCCUAGAACUGAACCCAGACCAAGAAAAAGACCUUUUUCUUUUUUUGAUUUUCUUCAGCAUUUAAUAUACUUCUCUUGUCUAAAAUCAAGUUCCAAUUUAAGUGAUUUUGCAAUGUUAAUAUAUAGGAUUCAAAGUCAUGAUCAGGAUGUCUCUUUUCAAAGGCUUUCCCUUCUCUCCUCCCCAUGUUUGUUUUAAAGAUUGGUUUUCCCCUAAAAGUAAGGAACUCCAACCUGCCCUGACCAUAUGUGUCCUAAGAGACAGGCUUUGAGUCCCAGAUCUUUCUGUAUCAAAGGACAGCCGUCUCCUAAUACCACAUAAAUAUUAAUAUAAAGGCAUAGAGAGGAGAUGUCCAGACCAAACUGGAGAAUGAUUUCUGAAAGAUCAAGAAAAAUCAACUCCAAUUCAUCUUUAGUGAAUGAGUGUGAAUAGUGGCAAGGACAUGAGAGUCUGGAGCCAAAAGAGCUGAGUUCAAAUUCCAGCUUUGCUCUUUAAGACUUCUGUGACCUUUGGUGAGUCAAUCACUCUCCAGGACUCAGUUUUCUCAUCUGUAAAACACAAGACAUUGAACAAAACCAUAACAUAGAAUUCUUCUAUAUCAGUGAGUUUGCAAAGUCAUCCUUUGUCCUGAAUAUUCUCAGUUCACGGGUUGGAUUUUGUUGGAGGAUGAACGGAGACUGAUGGACGUGCAGAACUGAAUUAUAUUUUUGCAGAUUCAAAAUAGCUAAAAUAAAGAAGUCUUGGUCAUUUUUUUCAGUGUGAACCUUCACCUUCUCCCUACAACUCAUCGAUUGCCCAAUCACCAUUUCCAGGCAAGAUAAAACACUUUCAGAGGAAAACAAACAGACCUUUCUAUAACAAAUAUGUUCCUUGAUUUGGCAGUUUCCAAUCUUGGAGCUUUUGAGAUUGUUUGCAAUACUGUGUCAGAAAAAUCUGAGAUCGAUUUUCCAGUCCUCAUAAGGUCCUAAAGAGAAAUUGUUAUUUUCUUGUUAGUAAGUACUGUAGUCCCUUUGUUUCCAUAAAAAAAAUAGAUGCGUGUAGAUAGUGUAUAGGUAGACUAGCUAGUGUGCUGUUAGCCUAAUUCCCUGCAGCUUCCAAUUUACCUAAAGAAAUAUCGACUCUGAUUUUGUUAAAAAAAAAAAAAAAGAAAAGAAAAAGAAAAGAAAAAGAAAAAAAGAAAGGAAAGGAAAGGAAAAGAGAAAAGAAAAAUUAAAAAAAAAAAAAGACUUCCUACUAAGUCGAUGGCAGGACAGGUCCUCAUUCUGGGGCUGAUUUUGCUGAUACUCAGGCUUUGCCUUCUAUUCACUCAUAUCACCGUAAAGGAAUGUCAAUAAAACUUUUGUUAUGGCA